AUGAGUGUCAGUUUUAAUCCCAUUUGCUUUCACAGCCUCCAUUGUUGUAAUUACUUAUUCAUCCCAUCACAGGUGACAAGCACUAGCAUCAACACCAGUGCAAUAACAAUCUAAGCUCCGUACUAAUGCCCCACUCAGUGCGCGUCACUGUGAGGACAGUGCACGUCCCCGUGACCUCACACCCAGGUGUGCCUUCCUCCUCGGCUCCAAGGCAAACUUGGCACCGUGCGAUCAAAACAAGAUAUUUUCUGAGACAAACAACGAAGAGCAUCCUCGUACCAGGCCUCUCCUCCUCUACCUACUGUAUAUUAGACUCUGUCAUUUUUGAGAGGACACUCCAGUCAACACAUGGUGAGACGGGUCCACUGAAGGCAUGUCCAGCCAGAGGAAAGGAUGGUUUCAGUCACACAGAAGAGCAUGCUGCUGCUUCUCUCUCUCAGCCCGUCAAUCUUUCCCCCUCUGUCCAUCUCUAUCCUCCAUGCUCUCACCUUCUCUGUCUGGCCUGUUCUUUCUUUAUCUGUCCCGACAACAUCAAAAGCCUUUACCCCCUCUGUUGGUAACACCACUCCUGCAAUCCUAAAGUCAUCCACCUCCACCUCCACCACCAGCCCGUCGUCUUCAUCAGAGGCUUCUACAUCUACAACUCCCUCAAAAUCAAUGUCAGCUACAUCUACACUUUUGGACCAAACAUCCCCCAGAGACCUCGUCAUAUCCUCACCCUCACUUUACCUGCUACCUCACCCCUGCAAACAUCUGACAUCAUCCCUCAAAUCUAUAGGACCACCUCUGCAUAAAAACCGACCAUGUCAUUUGUCCAAAAUGACUCGUGUGUCUUCUGAAAAACUUGCUAAACUGUUCCCUCCUUCCAACUCAACUUCACUUCCAAAAGGUUUGCCAUCUUCCCCUCUGCCUCAAACCGCUUCAACCAAGCUUCCCCCUCCUGUUUCAACAUCAUCAUCAUCAACAUUCUCCUCUACAACGUUCCUGCCUUUAACCUCUAACACAUCACCCCCUCCUCUUACCAAAACUUCAUCCAUCCCUCUCCCCAAAACCUCGCCGUCUCCUCCUGAAGCGGCAGCCUCUCGUCCGCCUAGACCGCUUCCGCUUCCGCCUCCCCCUCUCCCUCACACCGCAGCUCCGCUGUUUGAGCACCAGCCCUUCAUUGUUAGUUGGAACAUCCCUAAUCUGGUGUGUAACAGGUACAACAUCUCACUGGACACCUCGCCCUUUAAAGGAGUGGCCACACCUGCUAAGGUCCCAGGUCAGUUCCUGUCUCUGUUCUACACAGACCGAUUGGGUCUUUACCCACAUGUAGACCUCGCUAGAAGGAAACUCCUCAAUGGUGGCAUCCCUCAGAGAGGUAACCUGAAAGCCAGCAUGAUCAAGGCCAGAGAAGAUAUUAACUACUACAUCCCAUCCAAGACCAGCCGAGGCUUGGCCGUGAUAGACUGGGAGGAAUGGCGCCCCCUGUGGGACAGAAACUGGGGCACUAAGACAAUCUACCAGUCUUUAUCUGUGGCACACACAGUGCAGUCAAACCGCUCCCUCACAGUGCAGCAGGCCACAGAGAGAGCCAAACAACAGUUCCAGGUAGCAGCUAAGAGUUUUAUGUCAGGGAUGUUGGCGAUGGGCAGGGCAAUGAGACCGAACUAUCUCUGGGGCUUCUACCUGUUUCCUAACUGCUAUAAUUAUGGCUGGGAGCAGCCAGACUACACCGGCCGUUGCUCCAAGGAGGUGAGGAGUCAGAACGAUGAGCUGCUCUGGCUGUGGGAGUCCAGCACCGCUCUCUACCCAUCCGCCUACCUGCAGGUCUCUCUGGCAGACAAUCCCAGAGCCGCCCUGAUGGUGAGGAACCGUGUCCAGGAAGCUCUGAGAGUCUCUGCUCUGCCCAGAUGGAGUGGAACUGCGCCCGUAUUUGCUUACAUGCGACCUGUUUUUGUUGACCAGAACAGACGCUUCCUCAGCCAGGGAGACUUGGUCAGCACCAUUGGGGAGAGUGCAGCGGUGGGAGCGUCUGGCGCUGUGCUGUGGGGGGCCAGCGCUGACUACGAUGACCAGACGUCUUGCGCAGCCCUCUCAUCCUACCUCUCCACCACCCUCAACCCGUACAUCACCAAUGUCACCGUGGCCGCCCAGCUCUGCAGCAACUUCCUGUGUCGAGGGAACGGCCGCUGUGUCCGGAAAAACUACAAGUCCAAUCACUACCUCCAUCUAAACCCCGAGAGUUUCAGGAUCCUGCACGUUCAGAAGCGCUACCUUGUCCUUGGGAGACCUACGCUCACAGACCUGAAGGCUUUGAACAGGAGGUUCACCUGUCAGUGCUACACAGGACUGAGCUGCUCUCCCAGGACGAACAGAGAGCUGGCCAAGGCCCUGAUAUUUAGUGUGAAGAAGCAAGGGCUGUACCAGAAGUUUCACACUCUGAAUAAAGCCAUGUUGCAUGAUAUACAACAAGGAAGUAUUACUAAGGACAGUAUUAAAAAGAACAUGGAAAUUUAGCUUGUAAUCAAAAUGUUUGGUCAUACUUCAUUUUUUUCCUUAACUAAACUUCAACCGAAACUGUACAUCCAGACCUAAGAACUACACCACCUCAUCUAUAGGCUAUAAUGCAUGUAUACAAUAACCACUGACAGAAUGUAACAAGCUCCAUAUAGUGUUGCCAAAGAACAGGGGUUUGCCUCAAAUCAAACCAACUUACAAACACGGUGCUGUUUUAGUUGUGACAAUAUUAUCCUCGCUGUGUAUUUGUAUAUGAUUUGACUGUAUAUGUAAA